AUGGUGCAGGCUUCCGAACCUACUUUCGUCGUAUCACUAAUUAGUGGUGCUUGUGCUGGAACAGCCACCGAUGUCGCAUUCUUCCCCAUUGACACCAUCAAAACUAGAUUACAAGCAAAGGGAGGGUUUUUUCGCAAUGGGGGCUACAAGGGAAUAUACCGGGGGCUUGGGUCGUGUGUAAUAGCGUCUGCACCAUCAGCGUCGUUAUUUUUUGUCACGUACGAUACGAUAAAACGAAAAUUGCAACCUUAUGUCUCUUCACCAGGCUAUCGUCACAUGGUCGCCGCAUCGGUAGGAGAAAUCAUGGCUUGUAUUGUGCGAGUGCCAGCAGAAGUCAUUAAACAACGAACACAGGCAAGUCACAUGGGAUUGACUUCUAGUUGGUCCAACUUUAAGCAUAUAUUAAUGAACAACAGCCAGCAAAAUGGCGUAAUUAGGGGGCUAUAUCGUGGCUGGAAUAGCACAAUAAUGAGGGAAAUCCCAUUCACCAUUAUCCAAUUCCCACUUUAUGAGUGGUUAAAGUCUAAAUCGUGGUCGACUAACAGUGGAGCCCGUUUGGAGCCUGCUUCUAUGGGUUUGAAAGGAGCGAUUUGUGGAAUGAUAGCUGGAGGAGUUGCAGCUGCACUCACUACACCAUUAGAUGUGAUCAAGACAAGAAUCAUGUUGAGCACCAACAGGAUCAACUUUGGCCAUAUGAUCUCCCAAUUAAUUCGUGAGGAAGGGUGGUCCAGUUUUUGGAAAGGUGUUGUACCGCGAACAUGUUGGAUCAGUUGUGGUGGAGCAAUUUUUUUGGGGUGUUACGAACUCGUCCGUGAUGAAUUGAUGCGAUUGUGA